CUUCAUCUCAAGCAUGGACCUUGCAGCAAUUCUUGCUUUCUCUAUUUUCUUUGCUCAAACUGCAAGGCUGUCAUGUUUCAAAUAAUAGCAGCAUGAUCCACCGCACGAGCGCGACAUAUGUUAGCAUCAGAUCCAGGAAAAAGCCAUAAAUGGUUUCAUAACUAACACACAUUUCUGGGAGGGUGUUAAUCAUUUCCUUUUAUUGGGAACACCUUGGCCUUCUAGCCGCAAUGCUGUUCUUGUAGGCAUUUCAACAAACAGGUCGUACGCAUUUCUUUCUCGCGACAUUUUCAUCGUCGUUCAGCGCUGGCAUGUUCCAAUUAUUAAUACCAUGAUCUCACAUUUAUCACCACACGAGCAUCUUACCAUUUUUUUUUUUCUGAAUAAUCAACGCCGUUACCUGGAACACCAUUGUGAACCAAGCUCACACACGUGCUCGCAUUGUGGGUCUCUGUGCGCAACGUGAUUCUUGUAGCCAUUACCACAACAGGUGGUGAUCAUUUUCUUUUUUUUUGUCCUAAUUUUUAUUGUUCUUUAUUGCUCUUGGUCAAUGAGAUGCAUCACUCUUCAUUAUUAUCCAUGGCUAUUAAAAAAGUAAAGUUGCCUUGAGCUCCCCUCAGCUAUAGGCCAUUUUUUUAUUGACUAUUUCUUAAAUGUUAAUUUUUGUUUCAUAUUACAAAAAAACUAUUAAUUUUAAUGAUUCGUGUGCUAGAACUUUGUUACUAGCAGUUGAAGCUUGACAUUAUUGCACGAGCAUGAGUAAAGGGAAAACACACACAAGGUGUUUGUGGAAAUACCUACAAGAACCACAUUGCCACAUUGGCACCACAUGAGAACUCAGCUGGCCAAGAUUCUUGGUGUCUCGUCAUGUAGACAAUUGUUGGGCUCUGUUUAUAAGUAGAGAAGAGCCCAAGAAUCUAACCAACACAAACUAACUCUUGCUUCUAUAAUCUGAUCUUCUCGCAUUUGGCGAACAACAAGAAGAGUGUUACGCCAAAUGGCUUGCCAUCUCAGAUCCAUCAGCUUGCCCUCGAGAUCGCAUUCUGUCGAGCUCAGGUGCGAAGAAGAGCUCAAAAAGCUGAAGGCUUGUGUGGUCACAUUGUCAGCAACUGCCGAGACGAUGUGCGAUGGAUUAAGGGGUGGUCUUGGAGAUUUGUAUGAAUGUAUUGAGGAGGCUCUUCGCUUACCGAGCAACCAAAAUGCUCUUUCCUGUCCGCACCAAAAGGAAUUGGUCGAAGCGGAGCUCGAAUGCUCUAUCAGAUUGUUGGACCUUUGCGGUGCAAUGAGGGAUAAUUUGGGUGCAAUGAAAGAGCAUGUUCAAGAUGUCCGAUCGGCCCUUCGAAGAGCAGAUGAUGCAGCUAUUGAAAGCAAAAUGCAGGCUCUCAUUCGUUUGACUAAGAAGGCGAACAAGGAUAUCAAGACGCAAAUCAGUAAAAACCGCGGAGCUACUUCUCAUAGCAAAGAGGAUCAUGAUGUACCGACAACGGUUAAACUAUUGAAAGAAUCAAGAGAGAUAACCGUCUCCCUCCUCGAAUCUGUUAUAUCAUUUUUGUCCACCAAAACGGCGAAACCAAAGACUAGCAAGUGGUCACUUGUCUCAAGGACAUUGAGCAAGAGGAAAGUGGCAUGUGGAGAAGAGCACGACGGCGGCGAUGCCUCAAUCUUGUCAUCUUAUGCCUUUAAGGAUAACGAGGAGAAGAGAAUGAAGGCGCACAAUCAAUUGCAGACAUUGGAGACCACCAUUGAAGGUAUAGAAACAGGAUUAGAAUGCUUGUUUAGGCGACUAAUCCAAAGUAGAGUCUCACUCCUAAAUGUCCUCAGCUUGUGAAUUCCCUUCGAUCUUGCCACCCUAAACCCAACUACAACCAUCCAUUUUGUAAAGGAUUGGUUGAUCUACUUCAAAUAUUUCCCCAUUUGUAUACAUUUCAGAGUGUAUAGUAUGUUGUUCCAAGUUGAAUUAUAUGUAUAACGUACAC